UGCCGCCGAAGACGCCUCAAGAGGCUCCAAGAGGCCCCUCCGUAGCCAUUUUGGCUCAAGACUUUUUGCUCGAGCUGGUUCUCGAGGGACUGCGCGGAGGCAGGGGGAAUUCUGCACAAUCGCUUCAGGUCAACAGUACAUAUCGCGCUUCCUGCGGCAGCGCGAUGUUCAGCUGCUGCACCGACACGCGGGCCACUGAUUCCGAGGUCCCUCUGCAGGGUCCAGUCUCCGAGGAAGAAGUAAAGAAGUCUUGGGCAAAGCUACCAGAGACUUUCGAAGUGGAGGUUGCACACGCAAGUGGCGCAAUUGGUCUGGACAUCGGUCACCACGAAGCAAAAUGUCUGAAGAUCAAGGGGGUCAGGGAUGGCAGUGUGGGCAAACACAACAAGGCUCACCCAGACAAGGCCUUGAAGGAGGGCGACUUCAUCCUGGCUGCGAACGGCGUGAAGGGCGUCUCUACAGAUAUACUGGCUGAGAUGAAGAAGAAACAAAAAUCGAAAAAGUUGCAACUAUUAGUCAGCCGCGGUGCGCCAGUCGACGAGCCAGUCGCCUGCAGGCUGAGGUGUGCUUGGAAAGACGAAGGGACUUAUUACCUGAAUGCCGCAAGCGACCCCUCACAGCGCGAAGUGCAGUGCUACACCUUGGAAUCAGAAUGGAGCAGUGAGAAGUGGUUUAUUCACGACGCUGGUAAGGGCUUCAAGAGGAUCCAGAACCAAUGGACUGGGAAAUAUCUGAAUUGGGUGGAGGAUGGCACUGGCGUGGCGCUGUCCGAGUACAAUGAAUCGUACGAUAGUAUGUUGUGGAAGCCAGACUCCAACGUCAGUACGAGCGGAGCCUUCAAGUAUCAGAACAAGUAUAAGACAGAUCUCUAUUUGAACAUGAACGAUGGUUCAGGACCUUCUCGCUCGGUGGGCUUGACGACUGAUCAGUCUGUCGACUUCUUGAGUGCACAGUGGCUUAUUGAACCUUUUGUUUCUACAGGGGGUGUUAGUUGCAAGUUGCAAUGUGCGUGGACAGAUGGCGGGACGUAUUACCUGAAUGCCGCAAACGACCCCCGACAGAGCGAAGUGCAGUGCUACAUCUUGGAUUCACAGUCUUCAGAGUGGACCAGCAUGAGGUGGUGGGUUUAUGAUGUGGGUGACGGUUACUACAGGAUCCAGAAUCAGUGGACCAAGAAGUUUCUGAAUUGGGUGAAGGAUGGCUCUGGCGUGGCGCUGUCCGAGUACAAUGAAUCGUACGACAGUAUGUUGUGGAAGCAAGACUCCAACGUCAGUACGAGCGGAGCCUUCAAGUACCAGAACAAGUAUAAGACAGAUCUCUAUUUGAACAUGAGCGACGGUUCAGGACCUUCUCGCUCGGUGGGCUUGACGACUGAUCAGUCUGUCGACUUCUUGAGUGCACAGUGGCUUAUUCAGAAUGUCGAAGCGGCGUAAUAGCCCGAUGCGCAUAAGACGGUACACACUUCCGUGGCGAUUGGUAGAUAGUCGUGAGAUCAAUGUUUUACUUCGCACGUCAGAUUGGUGGAACAGUUUUUAGUUUUUGACGAGCUGUCGCGUAGAACCACACCGCAUCCUUGCCCAGAAGGCGCCCAUGGCGAGCCAACUUCUUGAGUCGUGAAAUCUGGGUUUUCAUUGGCUAGCCUUCGCCAAAGCGCGGCACCGCGGUGGCGUCAUGGAGUGGUUUCCCGCACCAUCUCUUUCCCCCGACAGCAAAGUUCUGUCUCGAACGGGCGAGUGGCGCGGCCUACAAGACUUGCGGCUCCUCGGAGGACUUCGACGACGACGACGCCGAUCGAUCAAACAAAGGCUCCAAUAGGCUCCGAUGACGCCCCCA